AUGGCGAUUUUCAAUAUCGGCACACUGACAGUUACGAUGCUGUUCCUCCUGGGCAUUUAUUGGGUCGCUUUGGCAAGAACCAAGAACUUUAUGCAAUCCUGGCGGUUUUUCUCAGCGGACUGCGGAAGGACGACCGUUACCAACACGAUGCUGCACCUGCUUAUCAACAUUUUUUCGACUCUGGUGCUCGCAUCCUCAAACUUCUUCAUGCAAGUUCUGAACGCACCAACCAGAUCGGAAGUCGAUACUGCUCACGCUCAGGGUAGAUGGCUUGAUAUAGGCGUAACUUCUUGGCGGAACGCUUUCUAUCUUUCCCGCUUCAAACGUUUUGCGUGUCUUUGCUUACUUUUGACGUCAGUCCCUAUUCAUAUGAUGUUCAAUAGUUCUGUGUUCAAGAUCGACAAACGGAUGGGGGAUUUUCAUGUAACAGUCGCCUCCAACGCAUUCAUCGAGGGCGGCUCCUACUUUCUCCCAGGAGCAAGCAUGAUCAUAAGCAACACCACAACCAAUGGUAAUCUUGGCGACACGGCCCUCCUGCCAACCUUUCAAGAUCUCGUCACCAACAAUGUUUCAAAAUAUGCACUCAAUGUGUCGCAAGCAGCUGCUAUAGGUUCAGAAUGGGAGAAACUCGAGCCAGCAGACUGUGGAGGGCUCUUCAAUGUAUCAACGUGUACCGGCUUGACCAACUUUCGCAAUCUCGUCAUAGUCUUGAAGGGCUCUGGAUGGAAAAGAUCUGAAACUUGGAACCUCUCGGCGAAUAAUGACCGGAUAUGGCAACCGAUCUUGCCUCGAGACGAGUUCAAUACCCUAUGGUACAGUGCACAAUGCGCUAUGAGUGGUACCCUUACACGUGACGGUUUUGCCAGCUGCCUCACGAACUGCGAAAAGUUCUUCAAAUGGAAAAAUUGGGAGGAGGAUGAAAGCCGAAUCUCUAUCUCUCUUCAAGAUUGGUACCGUUCGCAACCGGUUCCAGAUUACCAUGGCUUUGAGCUAGAUCACUGCCGGGCGGAGCCAAGAAACACAACCUGCAGCGUCGCUCUCGCCAAGCCGCUUCUUCUCAUUGUCCUCAUCUCAAUCUUCAUGAAGAUUCUCACCUGUAUGGUUGUAAUGUUAGUUCUUGAUGACGAAGAACCUCUCGUUACUCUGGGUGAUGCUGUGGCAUCAUUUAUCUCCAUUCAACCACGCCCGGACUUUGUGUCAGGUCUAAUGACGCACUCUAUCCUUCAGGAAAGAGCAAGAGAUGGAACCAUCUGUCAACCACUGGGGCCUCGAAAAUGGAUUAAAAGACAACACCAUCGUUCUCCAACUGUUCCCACAAGCGCCUGGGUCAAAGUCUACUGUCAAUUCAUUCCGAGUAUUCUCGUGUUGCUGUUCAUCGUCGUGGGUCAAUUCAAGAUAAACAUAUCCAAGUGGAAUAAUGCGGAGAAUGCCAUAGUCAUGGCUCCUAUCGGGGGUGCGAAUAUUCAUUUCCUCACUACCAUGGUGGCCAACAUCCCGCAACUGUAUCUUUCAUCUAACUAUUAUGUGAUUAACUCAUUGAUCACCCAAAUGGAGAUGGGGUGGGAGUGGAGUGAAUUCUCAACCAAGCAUCGCCCGUUGCGGGUCACGAAACCCAAGGGCCAACAAACAUCGACAUACCGCCUUCAAUUGCCAUAUAAGCUUAGCGUUCCUCUGAUGGUCUCCAGCGUCUUGAUGCAUUGGUUGCUUUCGAAUGCGCUCUUCAUGGUGGUUUCACAGGGCAGUGAGCACAUCCUCUCCCUCAGGUUGAUUAUACAAAUCUGGACUAACACGUUAAUGGCAGCCUACUAUGUUCUUGGCCCCUCCGACUAUAUAGUCGAUCCUGACAGUCUUCCGAGAGAUGCUGCAAUAAAUCUCGGUAGCUCGAGAGCGCACACACUUGCAUUAUUCCUCAUUGGUAUCUUGAUGAUGAUCUGCCCAACGAUUCUAUCGAGGCAGAAGCUGCCAGGGCAGAUGCCAGUCGUUGGCUCCAACUCAAUGGCGAUUGCGGCUGCCUGUCGCGUCUCUCCGCUGGCCCAAGUGCCCACGGAUUCCCAUGAAGAGAACAAUACGCACGAGACCGAGCUUGCAGAGCUUACAGGCGAGUAUGUUCAAGCCAUGAACGGGUCAGACAAUCAAAAAAAGAUGAUAUACUUCCCUCUCAAAUGGGGCGAGGUCAAGAUGCCCAAAGGCUUGUUCAAACACCCGGCAGACGGUCAGGAACCGGAGGAGGUAGGCCAUCUCAGUUUUGGCACUGUCCUCGACUGCCCCAGCCCUCCAAAGGAUGGCCGCCUCUAUGUGUGA